GAUGGACCGACCUGUGAGCUCAGAAAAGGAUCACGACGUGCAUACCACCAAAGGCAUCUCAGUGGCUCAGCCUGUCUCGGGCUACGCACUCACUACAGGGCCAGGCGACAUUGAAGACAGUACGCUCCAGACAACCAAGGAUGGGAAGCUGAUACUCAUUCCACAACCCAGCAGCUCUGAGCGUGAUCCGCUCAACUGGUCUCCACUCAAGAAGAAUCUGGUGUUGAUGGUCAUAUCCUUCACUGCCUUUUUGCCAGACUUUUCCACUUCCAUAGGCGCUGUGACACUCAUUCCACAGUCUAUAGAGUUUGGGAAGACACAAGAUGGCAUGCUAUCGUCGUUGGUCGGCAAUCUCUUUAUGCUGGGCGCUGGAGGUGUCGUCGUCGUCGCCUUGAUAGCUUACUUUGGACGACUGCCGGUGCUGUUUUGGUUCAUUGUCAUGGCGCUUUGGAGCAUUGCCUGGUGCGCAGCGCCGGCUACGUUUGAACAAUUCGUAGCGGCACGAAUUCUGAACGGCUUCUUCUCAACCGUGGCCCAAGGAAGUGGACUGAUCUUCAUCAACGACAUCUUCUUCGUCCACGAGCACGCAAGAAAGAUUAACGUCUGGUCCUUCUUCAUCAUCUUGUCCCCUUACUUGGGCCCGCUGUGCACCGCUUUCAUCAUCAAUAAGUUUGCCUGGAAUUGGGCUUUCUGGUUGGCAACGUUGCUGCAUGGUCUCUGUCUCAUCUCCAUCAUUCUUUUCGGUCAGGAGACAUACUACGAUCGUCGCAUCCCUGAAAGUGAACAACUUCCAGCGGGCUCGCGCAUCGGUCGUCUUGUCGGCAUACCACAGUGGAAGAGUCGUCAUCAGCGCAAUACCUUCUUGGGUGCGCUCUCUCGUCCAAUUCAGGCUAUCUGCAAGCCUGUAGUGCUUCUUGCUACUAUCUAUUACCUUUUCAUCUUUGCAUGGGUAGUGGGUAUAAACACGACGCUCAGCAUCUUCUUGCAGCCUCUAUAUGGAUUUGGACCGGUUCAAAUAGGUUACUUCUACUUCACGCCGAUCGUCGCGAGUAUUCUGGGCGAAUUGACCGGCCAAUGGCUUCACGACGCGAACGCAAAUUUCUGGAUGCGCCGCAACAAGGGCAUUCUUCACCCCGAGGCGCGUCUCUGGGUCAUUUGGCUUGCUACGCCCAUUAUGAUAGCCGGUGUGGUUCUACUAGGAUACUCUCUGGAAAAUGCCUACCAUUACAUGAUAUGCGCGCUCGGAUGGGGACUGUACACAUUCGGCAUCAUGAUCGCCACUGUAGGUCUCAACGCCUAUGUCCUCGACUCGUAUCCGGAAGGUGCUGGGGAAGUCUCGGCUUGGUUGAACUUCGCCAGGACCACGGGCGGGUUCAUUGUCACGUAUGUGCAGGUCCGCUGGGCCACGGCCAUGGGCCCUCAAAACAGCUUCGGAAUUCAGGCUGCCAUCAUGGCUGCCGUGUUUCCGAUUGUCAUUGGGUUGCAGUUCUAUGGCCACCGGCUGCGAGCUUGGGGUGGGAAGCUCAACUUCCGGACCAAUUGA